AACUGGCAACCACUUCUAACGAAAGAAAAUAAUACAGUUUAAUAUAUAACACUCAUGCAACACAUUUAUAUAACGCCGUCUCCUCGGUCCCAGGGAAUGCAACACCUGCCGUGAGGAAAUGCUGCAUCACUGUAUCCAGGAAGCGAUUGUAUAACAGAUUGUAUAACUGAGGAUGUAUUUAAAGGACUGACCUAAGGGUAUGUGAGGUGAGGAAGGUUCGUCUGACCAUCAUACCCUUACUCGUUCGCUGUAGUGUGAGAAAGUGUAAUAUAGUGUGAGGAGAGAGUGGUAAUUUGAACGUAAUCAGAGGCUCGUGGAUUCAGUGGUUGCAAUGUCUUCCUGCACAAUGAUGAAGAUGACUGGAAUCCUGCUAGGGGCAUCUGUUGGCCUUAGCUUAGCCUACCACAGUUCUUCAUAUAAUGUUAAUGCAGAUGCUCCAAAGAUGAUGUAUGAUUUUCGUACCAUGCAGUCUCUGGACAAUUGGAAAGAAUCUUCAGACACUGUCAGGGAACCGGGGAUGUCAAAAGCUGUUUUUACUUUGCAGAAAUCAAAGUUAUUUCAGCGAGCUGUGUUCUUCUCCAUGCUCAAUCCUCAGCCAAAUGGAGCUGGCUUUGCAGGGACUUACACAAACGACGGAUGGGAUUUAAGCAAACAAUCAGCUCUUGAAAUGAAAGUUCGUGGCCAAGGAGAUAACUACGUCUACAAAGUGAACUUUCAACAUAAAGGACAAGAACCUAGUGUAUACCCCUCUUAUGAAAUUUUCUUCACAGUUCCAGAGAACAAGUGGACCACUAUCUCCCUGCCAUUUAUUGAGUUUAAGCCAUACUACCGUGGUGCUCUUGUUCCUGACGCAGAACCUCUUGACACAUCGGAUAUAACGAGAACUACCAUUCAGAUUCCUGGUGGUGUUUAUAGCGACUUUAAACAGAGUGGUACAAGCUCGCUGGAGAUUGAUUAUAUUCAGGCUGUUUGAAAAUACUGAGUAACUAUUGGUUAUUCUUAAGUUACAAAAGAUAAUUGAUCGUUUAGAGGAAGUGAUAGAAUUUUUUUUUUUAUGAAAAUGAAAGUUCAGGCUUUCAUACUUCCUUAUCAUUUUCCCCCCAAAAAAUUAUUUACAAAGGAUAUUGUAAACUUCUCAUGUUUUGUUAUAGAAAUAUUGAUAUUCUACUGAAUGAUCACACAUUUUUUGGUUGUGAAAAUUACUCAUGUACUGGAUUACUAAACAAGGAAUUGAAUAUUUCCAUUAUGUAACUAAUGCUCAUCUCAUAUUAAUGAUAAUGACAAUAGUAAUAAUGAUAAUGAUACUGAUAAUAAAGGGAUUCAAACCUCUGAAAUACAGCAUGUCAUAUCUAUGUAUGAUUUCCCCAUGUAUGUAGUUAUUACUGAAGGCUGAUAUAUGUGUACAUGUAGGAUAUGAAAGCUGAAUAAAUAUUUUUGAAGA